AUGGAUUUGUUAGCGGCCAGCGUAGAAAGUACGUUGAAAAAUCUGCAAGAUAAGAGAAACUUUCUUUCGGAACAAAGAGAGCACUAUAUAGAUAUCAGAAGCCGACUGGUUAGAUUUAUCAAUGACAAUGAUGAUGGCGAAGAAGAAGGCGAAGGCCAAGGGAUGGUGUUUGGUGAUAUCAUAAUUUCUACGAGUAAGAUAUAUCUAAGUCUAGGCUAUGAGUAUUACGUUGAAAAGACCAAAGAGGAGGCCAUCACGUUUGUUGAUGAUAAAUUAAAACUAAUGGAGGACGCCAUUGAGCAAUUUAACCUGAAGAUCGAAGAGGCUAAAAAGACCUUAGACAACUUGAAUCACAUGGAGGACGGAAAUGGAAUUGAAGAAGACGAAGCGAACAACGACGAAGAUUUUCUGCCCUCUAUGGAGAUUAGAGAAGAACUAGAUGACGAGGGAAAUGUCAUAAGUAGUUCCGUUACCCCUACAACAAAGCAACCAUCACAAUCGAAUUCCAAAAAAGAACAGACACCUGCAGUCGGUCCAAAGGAGAAAGGAUUAGCAAAGGAGAAGAAAUCAAAGUCAUUCGAAGAAAACUUGAAAGGAAAGUUAUUGAAAAGGAACGAUGAAGUAAAGAAAAAAGUGCAGCCAUCUAAAGUAGAUACAGAAAACGUGUAUACAUUUGCCGACUUGGUCCAACAGAUGGACCAACAAGAUGAAUUGGAGGACGGCUAUAUUGAAACUGAUGAAAUAAAUUAUGAUUAUGAUGCGUUCGAAAACUCCAAUUUCAAAGUCAAUGAUAACUAUGAAGAGGAUGACGAGGACGAAGAUGAAGAAGAGUAUCUAAAUCAUUCUAUUAUACCUGGCUUUGAAGCGCAGUCCUCAUUUUUACAACAAAUUCAACGCCUACGCGCACAAAAGCAAUCCCAAGAUCAUGAGAGGGAAGAAGGUGACGUUAAUAAAUCAUUAAAACCUAUUUUGAAAAAGUCUUCUUUUGCUGAGAAUUCAGACAAAAAGCAGAAAAAGAAACAAGUCGGGUUUGCAUCUUCUCUAGAAAUUCACGAAGUCGAAAACUUGAAAGAAGAGAACAAGAGGCAGAUGCAAUCCUUUGCGGUGCCCAUGUAUGAAACCCAGGAAAGCACAGGUAUCGCUAAUAAAAUGACAUCGGAUGAGUUUGAUGGUGAUUUAUUUGCUAAGAUGUUGGGUGUCCAAGAGGCCGAUGAAGUGCAUGAAAAAUAUAAAGAGGAACUGAUAAAUCAAGAGAGACUUGAAGGGGAAGCAAGCAGGUCGAAUAGAAGAACUAGGGUGUCCAGAUUCCGGAAGGAUAGAGCUUCUAAAAAAGAAAAUACGUUAUCAACUUUCAAACAGGAAACGACAAGGUCAGUGGAGAACGAGGUAGUGGAAAAAGAGCCUGUUGUGGGGGAUAUUAUAGAAAAAGAACCUGUUGUGGGGGAUGUUAUAGAAAAAGAACCUGUUGUGGGGGAUGUUAUAGAAAAAGAGCCUGCUGUCACCGAUAUAGUGGAAAGGGAGCCUGCUGUCAACGAUAUAGUGGAAAGGAAGCCUGUUGUGGGGGAUAUUAUAGAAAAAGAACCUACUAUCAACGAUAUAGUGGAAAAAGAACCGGAAAUUAACAGCAAGAGCGAGUUUGAGACUCCUUUUAAAAAGAAAAAGCUAAAAUCACUGCAAAAACCAAGAUCAUCGAAAUCAAUGAAAAAAAAAUUUGAUCCCAAAAUUCUCGAAAAUAUAAGUGAUGACGAUUAUGAUGAUGAUGACGAUGGUAAUAAGAAACUUUUGUCCAACAAAAGUAAAAAUAACACUGAUGAGCAAGAUAAAUUUCCUUCAAAAAUCCAAGAGGUGUCUAGGUCGAUGGCUAAGACGGGCGCCACAGUAGGGAGUGAGCCGGUUAGAAUUACAAAUGUCGAUUAUCACGCCCUAGGUGGAAACUUGGAUGAUAUGGUCAAGGCAUAUUCAUUGGGGUUAUAUGACGACGAUUUAGAGGAAGAUCCAGGAACCAUAGUGGAAAAGCUCGAGGAUUUCAAAGAAUACAAUAAGCAGGUGGAGUUGCUGCGUGACGAAAUUCGAGACUUUCAACUAGAAAACAAGCCAGUGACGAUGGAGGAGGAGGAAAAUGAUGGCAAUGUUAUGAAUGAUAUCAUUGAGCAUGAAUUUCCUGAAAGUUACACAAAUGACGAGGACGAAGUAGCACUACAUCCGGGCCGGCUACAGGAAGAGGUUGCUAUAGAGUACAGACGGUUGAAAGAAGCUACCGCGUCGAAAUGGCAAUCAUCAUCACCCGCCGCACACACUGAAGGCGAAUUGGAGCCUAUUGAUAAGUUCGGGAACCCGGUCAAGACAAGUCGUUUCCGCUCUCAACGGCUCCAUAUGGACAGUAAACCAUAA